AUGGCUAAAUUAGAUCUGGCUUGGCUAUUUAACUGCCUUCUCCUCGUCGCCUCAGGCCUCUUCCUUAACUUCGUUUUCCAGGAUCCUCGAGUGGUCCAAUUUUCAAAGAUAGCUCUCUCUCGGAUACGUCUAGCUCAGACCUUCAGGGCAGUUGGAACUCGCACCUCGUUCUCUACUUCCUCGGUGCAGCAAAUCGCACAGAAUAAUAUGUCGGAAAUCAUCUUCUACGAUAUCAAAUCAAACGUUCCAGGAUACUCUGUAUCUCCUACUACCUGGAGGACAAGAUACUGCCUCAAUCUCAAAGGCUUGAAAUACAAAAGUCAAUAUGUCGAAUUUCCCGAAAUCGCACCUCUCUACAAAAAGUUAGGCGUACCCGCCCCCGACACCAACUCCGAUGGAAGUCCCCACUAUACCCUCCCCAUGAUCUACGACCCAUCCACCAACAAAUAUAUUCCGGAUUCCACUGACAUCGCCAUCUAUCUUGAUAAACAGUACCCGGACCUUCCCCGAAUCUUCCCUCCCGGCACAGAGAGACUACAGAUGCAGUUUUCCAACGCCGCCAUGUCAAGCAUCCCAGCCGCGGGCAAUCUCCUCACAUGGCGGGUCUUCGCCAGGCUGAAUCCGAUCAGCCAGGAAUACUACCGCAGAGUGCGGGAGACAGUAUGGCGUGUCAAGUUGGAGCAGAUGAUCCCAGAUGACCAAAAUACUACCGGAAUGGCUACGCUGAAGAAGGUCAUGGGGAAGAUCGACGCUUUGUAUGUGCGUAAUGGUGCGAAGGGGCCGUUCGUAUUGGGGGAGACUCCAUCAUGGGCCGACAUCACUAUUUCAGCGAUGCUUGUGAUCUUGAAAGUAUCUUGGGGAGAGGAUAGCGACUAUUGGAAGCAGGUCAUUUCUUGGAAUGACGGACGAUGGGAACGGUUCUUUGCAGAAAUGAAGAAAUACGAGUAA